CUCCCGCACCUGACAGGAACAGUGUGACCGGGCCGUUUACCAGUGCAGGUGAACAGGCUCAGAUUGGAGUCAUGUCUGCUGUUAGUUCUGGACAACAAACUCGUCCCAUGUAUUAUCUGCUGCUGUUGAUGAUCCUCCAGCUUGGCCUCCACACAGCGGAGGGAGUGUGGCCGCUACCCCAGACUCUGAUCUCCUCCACGGAGCGCUUCCCUCUGAGCCCUCAGGCUUUCUACUUUGGCUACGGAAGACAAUCAGCCGCCCAGCAGGGCUGCUCUGUUCUCGAUGAAGCUUUCAAGAGAUACUUUUCUCUGAUUUUUCCCGACUACACUUCUGCAUAUGGCAUCCUGCGAUUCAGCACGGACAAACCGUUUACUGUCGAAGUCAGUGUUGACCGCGCUGACUGUGACGGUUACCCAGAUGAAAACUCAUCUGAAAGGUACAACAUGAGUGUCUUUGCUGGUCGAGCAUCUCUGAAAGCAGAAACUGUGUGGGGUGCACUCAGAGGUCUGGAAACCUUGAGUCAGCUGGUCUAUCAAGAUGAUUUUGGCUCAUAUUUCGUCAACAAGACUGACAUUGAAGACUUCCCCCGGUUUCAGUUCAGGGGGAUUUUGUUGGACACUUCGCGCCACUAUUUACCAGUGCAGGCCAUUUUAAAGACUCUGGAUGCAAUGGCCUACAGCAAGUUCAAUGUGUUCCACUGGCACAUUGUUGAUGACCCCUCCUUCCCUUACCAGAGCCGCACCUUCCCAAUGCUCUCCAGUAAGGGGGCUUUCCAUCCGAUGACUCACAUCUACACACAGUCAGAUGUGAGAAGAGUGAUCUCAUAUGCCAGGAUGCGGGGAAUAAGGGUCCUUCCUGAGUUUGAUUCACCAGGCCACACUAAGUCUUGGGGACAAGGGCAGCCUGACCUGUUGACUCCCUGCUACAAAGGGGGAAUCCCUUCAGGUACUUUCGGUCCGGUUAAUCCAGCUUUACCCUCCACCUACCAGUUUAUGGCAGCACUAUUUAAGGAGGUGUCAUCGGUGUUUCCUGAUUCCUAUAUCCACUUAGGCGGGGAUGAAGUUGACUUUUCCUGCUGGAAAUCCAACCCUUAUGUUCGAGCAUUCAUGCAGAAGAUGGGAUUCGGAUCAGACUUCACCAAACUGGAAGCGUUCUACAUGGAGAAGAUUGUAAACAUCACUUCAGCUCUUAAUAAGACAUCCAUCGUAUGGCAGGAUGUUUUUGACUACCAUGAACGAAUUCCUAAGGACACGGUGCUGCACAUCUGGAAGGGCACCCCGGCUAGCUAUCAUGAUGAGCUCAGUAGAAUGACCAAAGCUGGCAUGAGGGUCGUGCUGGCCGCCCCUUGGUACAUCAACCACAUUUCCUAUGGCCAGGACUGGCGCAACUACUACACUGUGCAGCCACUGAACUUUUCUGGUACGGAGGAGCAGAAGAAGCUGGUGAUAGGUGGAGAAGUCUGCAUGUGGGGCGAAUAUGUAGAUGCGACCAAUCUCACGCCACGUCUUUGGCCAAGAGCAAGUGCUGCUGCAGAGAGACUGUGGAGUGAUGAGAAGCAGACAUCCAAUGUGGACAAGGCGUUUCCCCGAUUGCAGGAUUUUCGCUGCAAGCUCGUGAGACGUGGUAUCCAGGCAGAGCCUCUCUAUGUUGGACACUGCAAACAGGAGUACCAAGGUGUUUGAAGAUCCUGGAUGGGCUGAUACAAAAAUUUAAGAUUGGAGUCUUUGAACGAAUUAAGUUCAGUUACAGUCUGCGUUAAUUCUGAAAAGGAUCUUGUGUGGGCCAUUUAAAGAGAUGUAGAAAUCUUUUAAAAAGUAUUCGUUUUUUUCAUUUUCAGUAAAAUGUGUACAGACGAAAAUGCUUUCUCAGGGACUUAUCUCAUUACCUAUGUUUUUCUUUUUCCAUUUUUGUAUAGCAGUUUGAGUAGUUCUCUUUUUAUUUUCCAUUUUUGAUUAUUUCUUAGUAGUAUACGGUAGAAAUGUCAUGCAAUGUUGAAUUUUACUUUUCUGACUGCAAGAUGAUGACAAACUAGACAAAACAGAAGAGUUUGAUUUAAGGUGAACACUGACCAUAUGCUGUAACUUGCACUCUUACAUUGAAAUUUAAUUAAAAAUCAUGAGUAGACCAUUUAA